UUCAUCAUGUCUUCUGGAGGUCUUCUUCUCCUGCUGGGACUCCUCAGCCUCUGGGCAGAGCUGACCCCUGUCUCCAGCCAGAACCGGCCAGGCUUUUGUUAUCUUCGUGUUGAUCCUGGGCCAUGUAGAGCCAAAAUACCUCGCUUCUACUACAACUCGACUUCAAAAAAAUGCCAACGGUUUUUCUACGGUGGAUGCCACGGAAAUGCCAACAAUUUUGAGACCAGAGAGCAAUGCCACUCCACCUGUGUUGCAUCACCAACAAGGAGACCCACCAGAAUUGGAACUACUGUUCGAACUUGACCCAAAGAGCCUUCUUCUGUCCUGGACCACCCUGGAGACCCUCCCCCUAAACCCCACCCUGGGUUCAUUCCUUCUUCUCUGCAAUAAAGCUUUGGUUCCAGCUGCC